AUGGGAGUCUUUUGUGCGAUACAUUCACGGAGCUCGCCGCAGGAUGACGACCAAGGUGAACGCGAUAAAGAGGUGGCUCUCACACAGAUUAGAGUUUUUAACUUGUGGAUUACGUGUAGCGUAAGGAACAAGUUACUGUGGGCACUGCAAUAUGCAAAUGUGUCACCCAGAUGUAGACACCCUUCGUAAAUCAGUCGGCUCCGCACGAAAGCGCCCGAUAUCAGAACGACAACUGUCGCGGGUAUUCGUUGCCGUUCCGCGAUGUGCUGAUUUUGUACAUUUCACAGGAGGCACAGGACGAUUGUCUUCAUGUGGACUUUGAAUGUUUCAAAUUAGCACUAUGGCCAACUUUGAGACAAGUUUAGGAACUUUUGAAGCUUUUUGACUCGUCCAGGCGAUAAACAUGACGAAAAGAUCAGCAAUUUCGCGAAGCUGGUCGAAGCUCACGAUUCUGCCGUGAGUCUCACGAUUUUUUAAUUGUUCUCACGACAAGACUCCCAGUCUCAUGGUUGUUAGUGAAAUAUCAUGCUGAAAUGAAAUGUUUCUUUGUUCAAUAAAAACGGAAAUGUUUACUGUUGCUGAAUCGUAAGUGAUUCUCCUCAUGUAAACGCCGAGUGAAUCGCAAGCUGCAGGAGAUCAGACUACGCGACGGUUUUGCGAGACACAGUCUUCAAUAUUUAUCGAAAUCUGUACCCGUUUGGGCAUAUCUCUACUUUUUUUCUUCACAGGUUUUAAAGUUAUCAAUGUUCUCAUUCCCUUGCUGGUCAUUUUCCUCCUAUUUGUCCUGAUUAUUGUCGUGUUCAUUUGUUUGAAGAAGUAAGUUUCAGCCAUUCCACCUUAUCCACAUUAUGGUACUCGAACUGGUAGCAGAAGUGGUACCAGUGUCAGUACCCUGGGGUCUCAUUUCUCUAUUGUUUUUAGACACAAAAAAAUGAGCACACUUAUAAGAUCUUAUAAAUUACACGUUUAAACGUUUAUUAUUAUUUAUUACGUUUAUUAAAUUGGCCCCAGGCAACCACAAGACUUGAAAAGUUGUUUUACGUCUGCUUUGUUGACAUUAAAAAUCGACCUUUAAAUAGCUUUGCAGGUAAUAUGAUAAAACUUUCAGUCAGUAACCGAAAACAAAAUGGUGUUGUUUGCUAUCUAGGAACCUCCCUUCUUUUCCUUAACUUUGAUUUUUAUAUUCUCCAAGGAUAUUUGGCGUCAGGCCAGAAAAGCUACCUUGACUAUUAAUAAGGAGUCCUCUCAGUAAUGUAGCAACAUCAAUCACAUAAAAAAACUAGUAGAUGCAAAUCGUUUAAUCAGCAUGUAAACCUGCAGGUUGUUUACUUCAUAGUUAUUGGUCAAUUUACUCACUUUUUCUUUCUUCCAUGCAGGAGGAAAAUCAAAAGGGAAAAACUACUCGAUGGCACUGAAAAGUAAGUAAAGUAUGUCAUAACCAUCAGGGGCCUACCUAUUCCCUUAUUACAAAAAAUCAGGAAAUGAAAGUGACGCGAAAAUUAAGUGAAUUAAGUGACUCACAUUAUGUCAAUAAUCAAGAAAGAACGAGUUUAUUAUUAACACUGAAAUCACAUUUUUUACUCAAUGUUUAUUUUUUUCUCCGUUCAGAGUCUGUAGGAAGGAAUUUUCAGGGUAAAUGGAUUUUGUAGUCAAUUGAGGCCUGUUUCAAACGUAGUGUACUGCCGUGCUAAGCUGGCUCGACUGUAGCUCGAAGCUACAGCACGACACUAGCACGACUUGGUUUCAGACGUCAAAUUUAAUAGUCGAAUAGCACGCAUGGCUGUUGCCGAAAACAAAACGCAAAAAUAAAGAAACGAUUCAGCAAACUUUUAAAUGCCUUCUAAUGUAUUCAUAAUUUAUGAAUUGUGUUUGGCAAGGCAGUAGCGCGACGUUUGAAACCAAGAGACCUAUUCGGCUAACUCAAUGUUGUACCCAGUUCAAAUCUCCCGGGAAUAAGAUUCUUUGUGUAUUAUAUUUGCAUUAUAAUGUGGCAUUCACAUUUAAAUAAUAUGGAAAUUCCUGAAACAAAACGUUUUAUUCCCAAAGGGUUUGAAUUGGGUACAACAUUGAGUUAGCCGAAUAGAAUAGAAUAGUAGCUCUAGUUGAGCUACUGCCGUGUAGCACGGCAAAGCUUGCCGUGCUACACUGCAGUAGCACGACUUGGUUUCAAACGUUGCGCUACUGCCGUACAAUUAAGUUCGGCACGGCAGUAGCACCACGUUUGAAACGGGCCUGACUCAAGAACAAUAAUAACGUACAAGCAUGAACUGCUUGUGGACAUUGAGAGAACUGCUUUGUUGUUACUGUUGACAUUAGGGAGUUUAAGAUACGGAGACUACGGACUACGAACUACGGCUGGACGAGCGUUGUCCUUUGUUUGUAGCACUGGGUUGAGUAGUGCAAAUAUAGAACGUUAAGAUUGCACUACAGACAGUAGACUACGACAGAAGAGGCGGAGAGGGAAACAACACGCAAAGAUUUACUUGUUUUCAUCACAGUUCACAAAAAUGCAAGUCAGUUUUGCAUGUGAUCUUAUCUUUAGAACAAUGAUUGAAUGAACAAAUUCUUUCAUACUUGAAGGAAGCAAUUACGUCGGGUGAAAUUGGUAAACAAAGUUUUGGUUACACAGGUUUUAUUUUUUCGCCCAUGAAUACUUAUGUCAAAUAUUAAAGAUAUAGACAAAAAUAGUAAAAUAGCUCAUUUAUUAGAUUUAGAAGAUGGACUUCUCCGACUGCUGAUCUGAUGUAGUUUGAAGUACUGAAAUGCCGAGUUUCGAUUGUCUCGAGCAUGUUUACAUCAUUUUCAUUCAGCAAAUGGCGCGAUACAAAAACUCGCAUAAAUAAAGGUUACACAAGUACAAAGACUCACUAACCAGUUCGAACAAACAUUGAAACUUUUCAAGUGCGAAGAGAAAGUAAAUUACCUGCAUGAUUUCUCUUCUCCUAGGCCGCCAAUCUGAAUUCUGCGUAUAAACAGCUAAGCUUAUUUAAACAUGAGCUUAGCAAGAUAAAAAUGUAGUCACAACAGUGGAUUAAAAGCGUAAAUCUGAGCAGAAAUUAGACACAACUUACAUAUUUCGCUUCCCUCUCACUUAAAGCAGGUGAAUUGAAAACGUUUUUAAGAAAAGACGAGAUUCUUGAAUUACCGAGACGGCAAAAUACGAGCAAAAUGUUCUCCGUAGUCCCGACUACUAGUCCGGUGGCUUAGUGCAAAAUUUUAGCGAGAUCUAUACAGAGUGGACAAAAGCACCACACUUUGCAUGGUUGUAGCUUAGGGCAUGUUAGUCAAUAUUAGGAUCGGUGCCCACAGCUACCUCUUCAGGAUUUGCAGCAACCGCUGGCUGAAGUUCUUCAACAACCUUCCAUGAUGGGUGCCCUGUGCUCAAAAUUGCAAUCCCUUAUUUUUUGCCAUUUUUUGAUGAAAAUCACAUAAAAAGGCAAGUAGAUGGAAAAAGAAACUGUAUUAACACUAUUAUUAUUGAAACCGAUGACUAAAACAAGUCAACUUAAUGAUAUAGCAAUAAUGAUAUACCAUGGUGGGUUCCCUGUGCUAAGAAUAUCAAUUCCUUGUUUUUUGCCUCUAUAUUAAUGAAACAUGAAAAUGAGAAAAAGAAAUUGUAUUAUUUUAUUAUUAAAACCAAUGACAAAAAGAAGUCAACUAAAUGGAAAAUCCAAAGAAGAUCUUUUCAGACGCGUAUUCAGUCCCAAAUGGCAUUUCAAGAUGGUGGCUUAAUUGAAGGUGUCUUUUCAUGGACUGUAAGUAUCCGCUAGAAAAUAUUGCCGUUUUGGGGGGGAAUUGUUUACAAUUUGAAUCACGACAGUUUUAAGUGAAGUUUUAAGCUCUUCUUGGUGAUAAAUUUGUUAUCGAAAGCCACCUCUUCUCUUCACAUUUUAUGCCGAUUAUGAAUGACUAUACUGAGUUUACUUUUGUACUGGUUAAAAUUAAUAAUAGUAAAAAAUGGCUUCUUUCUAUAGCGCUCAUAUCCCAAGUUCAUGGUGCUUUACAAUGUUAAAGAGGAAAAAUAUAUAUCUCUCGAGCAUGAAAUAACAUAUAUUAAAAUCUAUUUGUAAUUCACAAAGAACAAGAGAAGGGAACAAAAAUUAAAAUGUUUUAAAAUUAUUUUGCCAUUAAAGUUUGUAUAUGAUGAUAAUAAGUCAUGCAAAAAACUGAAUAUACAUUCUAUAAGUUAAGUUAUAUGAUCUAAAGAUAUUAAAGACGUUUUGACUUACUCUCUAAAAAUUGCGUAAAAAGAUAUGUUCUCAGUCCUUUCUUUAAACUAGCUAAAGAUGGUAACUUGCGCAAAUCUAGCUAAUGGUAGUGAGUUCCACAGUUAAGGGGCGCACUCCGUAAAAGCCUUGUCCCCGUGAGUUUUCGAGGUUGUUCUAACAGCUGCUGAGAUGCAGACCACAAGUUCCUGGAGCGCCUUUGAUAACUAAGUCUGUCCGCUAGAUAGCUAGGUGGAAGGUUAUUAAGUGAUUUGAAAACUGACAAAAGAAGUUUAAAAGAACAUGAUAACUAACAGGAAGCCAGUGAAGGUCAAAUGAAUAAUGUGUCCACAAAGCCUUUACAAGUCCGACCUGGGGGUAGUGAAUUGCAAUUAAUGGUCUAUUUUAGAUGUACUAAAAGCAUGUACAGAAAUUUCGCUAGACUCCUGUGUGAUACACUUUCUUAUCUUUGAUAAGUUCCUGAGCUGGUACAACGAUAAUCUGGCGGUGGUUCUUAGCCCAGCAUGCCCAUAAUGAAGUCGCUAAAGGGUGGACGAGUACGGUUCAUCGACAAGAUAAGCACGAUUUCAGUCUUAUCGUGAUUGAGUUUCAGCUCGUUUCUACACAUCAAGAUGGAAAUUAGUUGGGAUCGUUGUCAUAUUUAUCAUAUUUACCAAGGGUGAGAAUCGAAAAGAGAGAAUCUGAGAAACCCACUGGUUUAACGGCAGAAUUAUUUAUAGAACGUUCCUUGACAAUUCAAGUUACUAGAAUUCAAGAAAGAGGGCUGUACGUGUUCUUGUUGCAAUUACUUUUGAUAUUGAAAUCACUACAGUAGUAAACAAAUGUAAAGUGGCAUCAAUCCUCUCACCUUACGUCCAAGUUAGAAAAAGUAAAGAAAAAACGAGAAACAAGCAUGUUGAAGCAGAUUGUAGAUUGUGGCACCAAACAAGCUUUGAAGACUGACACUAGUGGGGCUGCAAAGUGUGUGCCUUUGUAUGUAACGAAUACAGCUUAUGAAGUUCGGCAAGUAGAAAGAAAUGUGUAUCAUUCUCCACUGCGUUUGCUAUGUACUCAGUGAGUUCAAGAAAUGCUCUUGAUUUACUUAAUUCCUCGUCUUCCUCAGCCUUCCAUCAAGCUGCUUCACUUUUCUUCUUGCGUUCCUCUGACAUGUAUGCCUAUUUCGCAAGUCAGUUAAACAGCGCGUAUUAUAUUUUGAACCUAUGGCAAUCACACCACCGCCAAAUAUUCUUGGAGGACCAUAGUCCAGUAAAUCGUUGGCAAUACAUUUUGGCUUUCGAUGUGUAGAAACUGUGUAGGUGGCUCCCAUCAUCUUCGUUUCAUGUCGCACACUUUGCGGUCUCACUAGUGUCAACCUUCCGAGUUCGUUUGGUACCACAAUCUACAACCUCCUGUCUUUCUGUUUCUGGUCUGCUUCAACAUGCUUGUUUUUCCUUUCUCUUGCUUUUUCUAACUUGGACUUGCUAAACUUGAGGUGACAGGAUUGCUGCUUCUUUGCAUUUUUACUUCUGUAGUGAUUUCAGUAUCAAACUUAAUUGCAACAGGAAAACAGUCCUCUUUCCUGAAUUUUAGUACAUUUGCAAGGAGCAUUCUAUAAAUGCUUGUACCGUUAAACCAAUGGGCUUCUCAGAUCUUCGUAGGUUGAUUCUUGACAAAUAUGACAACGAUUCCAGUUGAUAUCCAUCGUGGUGUGUAGAAAACAUCUCCGCUUCAGAAACCUUUAACUAACCAGUAAGAAAAAACAAAUUCGAAUAGUCAUUUAUAAUCGGCACAAAAUAUGAAGCGAAAAUGUGGCUUUCGAUAACAAAUUUAUCGCCAAGAAGAGCUUAAAACUUCACUUAAACCUGUAGUGAUUCAAAUUGUACACAAUUUCCCUUAAAAAGCGACAAGUUAUUCUAGCGGAUUAUUACAAUCCAUGAAAAGACACCUUCAAGCCGCCAUCUUGAAAGGCCAUUUGGGACAGAGUACGCAUAUGAAAAAGUCUUCUUUGGAUUUUCCAUUUAGUUGCCUUGCUUUUUGUCGUUGGUUUCAAUCAUAAUACAAUUUCUUUUUGAUUUUCAAGUUUCAUCAAAAUAAUGGCAAAAAACAAGGAAUUCAUAUUCUUAGCACAGGGUACCCACCAUGGCAUAUCAUUAUUGCUAUAUAUCAUUAAGUUGACUUGUUUUAGUCAUCGGUUUCAAUAACAAUAGUAUUAAUACAGUUUCUUUUUCCAUCUACUUGCCUUUUUAUGUGAUUUUCAUCAAAAAAUGGCAAUAAACAAGGGAUUGCAAUUUUCAGCACAGGCCACCCAUGAUGGAAGGUUGUUGAAGAACUUCAGCGAGCAGUUGCUGCAAAUCCUGAAGAGGUAGCUGUGGGCACCGAUCCUAAUAUUGACUAACAUGUCCUAAGCUACAACCAUGCAAAGUUUGGUGCUUUUGUCCGCUCUGUAUAGAUCUGAGCCUUUAGCCACCUGACUAUACGCGAAACGGCUCAACAACUCACCGUCACCGUAGGACUACGCGGGAAAAAUGAACAGUCACGUGGUUUUGAUCAUGCGCAGUAGCAUAUUUAUCCGUAGCCGUAGUCCGUAGUCGCCGUAUCUUAAACUCCCUAUUUAGUCCCACUGUUGCGUUCUUCUUAAUGUUGACGUUAUUGUUCCUUGGAUAAAGUCGUUUUAUCUAAUUCAAGGACAUGUUAAAAAACAUUGCCAAUAAAAUGUUAAUUGUGGUGCUCAAAAAUACGAAAUUAAAGUGAUUCAAAAUAUAAAAUGUUCGCAAAAUCGCGAAUGAAUAAACAUGAAGCGAAAAUUUAAUAAGGUAAAUGGUAUUCGCUCAGUGUUAUAACGAUCAUAUAUAUUUUCUUUGUGGCUGGCAUGGGUUGUGCCAAGACCCUUUAGCUUCCGAGUAGGCGAUAACUUUCAAAUGACUCAACCUUUCAAAGGAAGUUUAAACAUUUGUAGAGUCAAAGAAGUAUAACUUAAGAGUGAAAUCUAGGGUAUUCAAACAUUCAAGUAUGGCAAAGUUUACCAUACAGCUGUAAACUUAUAAUGAAUAUGUUUCGUCAAAUGUUUGUUACAAAAGAUUUACUCAGCUUUCUCCAUACUGGCUUGAGAGAAACAAUUAUCUCUAAUGAUCAGUUCGAAAGAGGUGGAAAAAAGUUAGAUUUCAGACUUUUAUGCGCCGGCCACCUGCAAACAGCUGCAGUAACUUCCACGUUAAAGAAGUUGUAUAAAAUCAAAACCUUUUAGAGGCACACGAAACAGGCUCUGAGCAAGGGAGAUUUUGGUUCUAAGCAAAAGGGGCAUCUAAGAACAGGCAAGAUAGGCCCAUCCUGCCCGCUCGAGCCAUUUGCCUUAUGUGCCGCAGGCAUUUUUAUUGACUUUUUGUUGAAAUGAGAGUAAAUAAAGAAUUCAAGAGUCAUAGUAAGAAUUUCAAUUUAAGGGGAUAGGAUAUCUAAUUUGUGUCAAAAUGAUAUAUUUCUAGGACUGAAAUAAUGUGGCUGAGUCGUACCACGAAAAAGGAGCCACCUUUGAUGAUGUAAGUAUUUAGAUAACUAGUCAUAAGAAAGUAAGUAAACAUGUAAUUAUAGGUUUGUGAUCAUUUACUAUUAAACUAGUCAACUUUUCACGAGCAGCACGAGGCCUCGUAUCACAAAUUUCAACGUCCACUUGUUUAUAAGUUCAGGUGAGUGUUUUCACAAAGGAUAUUAACAAUCUAAGAAACAAAAACUUAAUUGGAUUGGCCCGCAAUAGUUUGCCCCACUUACAGCACUUCCCACUUUUGCUCGGGCUUUUCCAAAGGAACGGCCGAGCAAAAAAAUGUGAACGGUUUUUUUGUUAUGGAAGAAAUUUGAAGAGUACAAUUAUGUACAAUGAAUUCUCGAAGAAUCUGCAACCUAAAAAGAGUAGAAGAAACUAAAAUGUGUAUGGCUGUGAUUUCUUAGGUAAAGUUUGUUCAUUUGAAAUUUUUACAUAGAAGCCUGAGCUCACGCAGUGCGUCUAGUCUAAUAUCGAGUAGCUCUCCAACUUAUUUUGAAUAUACCAGGAUAAUCAGAACCAAAUAAUAUAAAUACCCCAACCCCUUUGCCAUUUCUCAGUCGUUUCACCGUUAAAAUUGAUCUGCAAAUCGGUUGCAUGAUAAAAUGCCAGUUUUCCUUGGAAAAUCUUACAUUAACAUGCCUCGGUAAAGUUAUAUCGUGCAACGAGCAGUUCUUAUUUCAACAAACAGUGAUUUGACGAUGUUAACAUCGCUGAUGGGAAAACGUUCGCGAAGCCUGAACUUUAGAACAUUAAUUAUACAGAUCUAUCUACACACUGCAGAUCCAGUUUUUUGUUUAUACUUGUGAGGAAAGCUGAUCUGCACCACUAAUUUCAUUAAUUUUCUCUUCUCGUUGCAGUUCUGCGGAAUGAAAGUUCCAAGGAUCCAAGGCAAAAGGAAGGGACGACAGGCUUUUCGUAGCCUUUUCGUAGCCAAUGUUAAGUUAAAAUAGCCAGCAGACACAAUGUGUUUGUUAGAAGGAAAGUAGCUAGCAGACGCUGUGUGUUUAUUAGGAGGGGUUGGAGGGGCAUUUUUGCUUGCAUCUUUCAGGUGUGGGGUAUAAAGUCACACAAAAUUCACAUUGUUUCUCGUCAAACCCUUUUUUAACAAUUCUUGCGACCUUUUUUCUCGAAACAACGAAACUGAAGAUACCAACAUGCUUUUUUUCUUUGAAACCUCGGUUUUAUUUCCAUAUUUUUCACAGUCUAUUUUUAAGUACAGUAAAACUCCACGUAUAAGAAACUAGAUUUUUUUCAAGUCAGCCUGAACAGGGUCUUAUAAUCUAUGGUGAUGCUAAUGCGGCUUACAAUGGGUCCCUACAAAAAUAUACUGAAUUUUAUAACAAGAGUUUUCCGAGAAAGUUUUGUCAAGGGAAAUAUCUAAAUACUCUGCAUAAUCCGUUGCUUACAACUGGAAUCUUGAAAUCUAUUAAAACAAAGUCUAGGCUGUAUAAUGUAUUCUUACUUAAGGAAACCAAGUCAUGAGCGUGAAUACAUCUAUAAGUCAUUUAGAAAUAAGCUAACUUGUCUUGUUCGUGUCGCCAGGAAAAAUUAUUAUGACAACAAAAUGGAUAAGGCUAGAUCUAACUUAAAGCAAACAUGGAAAAUUCUCAAUGAAGUGAUCAACAGGCGUGUAGCUAAAUCACUAUGUUCAGGAAGCUUCACCAAAAAUGGAAUGGAAAUUAGCAAUUCGAAGCAAUCCUACUGA